UAUCCGCGCUGAUUGUUAAUAGAAUGAAUGUAGGAGAUAUUUUUAAUAAUUUUAAUGAGCUUAAGCUAGCAAUUAAAGAAUAUGAAAAAUCAAGAUUUGUAUCUCUUUAUGUUCGAGAUAGUCGAACAAUUGAUUUAGCGAUUAAAAAAGGUUUGCAACGAUAUAUUAAUAAAGAUUUAAAAUAUUAUUAUUUAACUUACUGUUGCUAUCAUGGUGGACGUCAAUUUAAAUCGAGAUCAAAAGGGCUUCGUCCAAACCAAAGUACCUAUAAAAUUCAAUGUCCAUUUACAAUUUGCAUUGGUGUUACUGAAGAUGGUGAAAGGUUAUGUGUGACAAAAGUUAUUAAUGAGCACAACCAUGCAAUUGACAAAGAAAUAAUUGAAAGACUUCCAAAAGUUAGGAAACUAAACGAGGAUCAAGAGAAAGAUGUUAAACAAAUGUUAAAGAUACAUGGCAAUAAAUGGCUUAUUCAUGAGCAUGUUCAAAAUGAAACAGGUGCCGUUUAUUAAAAUAUGAGCAAAGCGAGUCUGAAAUUCUAAUUGUAUUUGUAGUCUUAGUAGCAAUAAAAUUAAACGUUACAA